AUGAAAUUGUCAAUUAAAUUUAUAAAUAUUUUAUCAUUUUUUGUUAUUAUUCAAACUAUUUUUGGGCAAUCAGUAUUUGAUGAUCUUAUAGAUGGUGCAUUAAGAUUAGUUAAACCUAUUAUUGAAACAGCCAAACCAAUUGUUGAAGAUAUUGGUAGAAGUACACAAAAAGAUAAUGCAGAAAGUCCUUUAAGAGAUGAAAAUAUUCUUGGUAUUCAUCCAUUAGCAAAUAAAAAUUAUGUUCCUAUUUGUAAAGGAAAUUCUAGAAUAUGUGAAUUUAUAUCAUGUUCAGCACAUAAUUUUAAAUAUGAUUCAAAUUUUGCUAAUCUUAAUUUAGUUGCUCAACUUAUGGGUGAUAAAAAAAUGCGUAAAGCAUUAAGUAGUAAUCCACAAACUGUUACAGAAGUUUGUCAAGAACAAGGUUUAUCAGAAACUGAAUGUAAAUUAUUUGCUAGAGGAUUUACAUUAAUGGAUAAUUUUAUUACUAAUUUAGAAGGAAAUGAAGAUUCAAUUAAUAAUAGUACUAUGCAUGAUGAGAUUAAUAAAAAUGAUAAUCACAUCAUUUCUCAUAAUCCUUCAUUUGAUGUUCCAAUACGUCCAAAUAAAGAUAAAGAUGAGUAUGAUAUAGAUAUUGAUGAAAAGGGUAAUUUAAAUGAUGAUUAUACUUAUUAUCAAAGUUCACUACCACGAACAGGAUCAAGAAAUUGGUCUUCAAAACAAAAAAAUGUUCCACUACCACGUCCAACAACACUACCAAUAAAACCAAUAUCAACAACACAUUUAAAAAUAAAAUCUAUAUCAUUUGGUGAAUCGAUAAAUGAUAAAAUUACCGUUCCAAGGGCACAAUUACCAAAAUCUAAACAAGGUUUAAUUCCAAUUAUUCCUGUAAAUCGACCUCAUAUCUCAAGAAGAGAUGCAACAAAAAAAGUACCAAUCAAAAAAAAUACUCCAGCAAAUAAUAGAGGAAAAAAACGUUUAGGAAAAAAUGAACAAAUUCGUUUUCAACCAAAAAAAUCUAAUCAAAUUCAGCUAAAAAAUAAAAAUAAUAAUCAGAAACGUGUUCCAAAAUCUAUUGAUGAAAAAAUAUUAAUUAGUAACUUUAUAAAUGAAUUAAAUUUAAAAAUUAAUCGAAAAAUUGUUAAAAGAUCCUCUGACUAUUAUGAUGAUGUAUCACCUUCAACUAAACCAGAAAAUAAAUCUGAAAAUAAAGAUAUCAAUUUAUAUGAUGAUAAUGGAUUUGAUGAGCAUAAAAAAACCUUAGGAAACAAUGAAAAUAAAAAUAAUAUUUUAAAAAAAAAUUGCUUGCAAUUUUUAGGAUAG